UGCUGGAGCGCAAAAAAAAAAAAAAAGAAAAAAUGGAAAAGGAAAAAAUAUAGAGAGAGGUGUGCUGGGCAAGUUAUCAUACUGUCAAUAUUUAACUUUGCUGCAUUUGGGUUUCUCUCCAGAGUUUCAGCCUACAAACCUCAUCUACUGAGUUUUGCAGGGGUGAGAACCAGUACUUUGAAUUGAUGCAGCAAGGAAUUGCUCCUGUCUUUUUAAUAGGACUGAGGUUUGUAGAUAAUGCUGAAGAAAGGUCAUACUCAGUAGUCUAAUGGCUGAUUCUGCUCCCGAGUCUUUGCAAUCUGAUAUAUUGGGCCUGAGACAUAUAAGCAGCUCACUUUUCAGUAUUCCUGGUUUCAUUGUUGGGCUUGGUACAAAAUGUUUAUCAGAGUCUGACUCAGUUAGGAGCCCCACAUCUCCUCUGGAUUUGAAAGUUUUGUCAAAUCUUAGUAACCCCUUUGGUCUCAGGUCCCCAAGAACACAAUCUCAAAGUUGGCAUCAAAAGAAGUGGGAUUGCAAUAAAGUAGGCUUUGGCAUUGUUGAUUCACUUGUGAAUGAAACCAAAGCUUCUGUUGGAGUCCUUGAUUCACCAAGGAGGAGUAAUGUAAUUUUCGGAGCACAUUUGAAGACUAGUACUCAUAAUACCUCAAAGCAUUACCUUGAGUCACUUCAUUCUUCUGUAAAAUCCAAUUCUUUGCCUAAAAACUACAUCUUUUCGUCGCCCCCUAAAACCAGGACUCUCUAUCCCCAAUUAGGUAGCAAAAAAGUUGACUUUGGAAAUGAAGGUGGCCAUUUAGAAUCUAAACCAACUACAAGUAUUACAUCAUGCUUGGUCGAUUCCACCACGGCUUCAUCCUUACAUACUGGCUUAACUCAAACUCACAGUUUGAGUUCUAUGAAUUUUUGUUCAGAAAAUAAGACUACCACAAUGAGUUCAGGUCCAGUAAUUAGCCAUGGUUCAGAAGUUGUGAAUUCUUUGGGUAACAAACCAAGUUCGCUUCCAAUUUCGAUCGGCUCCAACCAUGAACUUCCAGGUCUGCUUUCUGCAAGAGAGAUAGAGCUUUCUGAGGAUUAUACCUGUAUAAUUUCUCAUGGUCCAAAUCCUAAAACAACUCACAUUUUUGGUGACUGUAUUUUGGAUUGUCACACAAAUGAGUUGGCCAAUUUUGGUAAGAAAGAAGAAUCGGGGACUAACUCAUCUCAAGUGGCUAAAAGCCCAGAAAAUUUGACACCAACUCGCUCUGACAAGAUUCUCAGCGUCUGCUACUCAUGCAAUAAAAGACUUGAAGAGGGGGAAGACAUCUACAUAUACAGAGGUGAGAAAGCAUUUUGCAGUCUUGAGUGCCGUGCUGAGGAGCUUUUGUGUGAGGAAUCAGAGGAAACUUACAAUAACUUCGCCGAAAGCUCUCCCGAAUCAAGCUACGGUGAAGAUCUCUUCCUGAUGGGUAUGCCCUUCGCCACCUAAUGAACUGUAAUUGCUAUCUCUAGGCUCCCAUGUCCAUGACUGAUGGAGUUGUCACAUGGGUGCACCUGGAGCAUCAAUUUUUGAAGAGCUGCCAAUGUGAAUCUUUUUGUAGCCAUGGAUGAUCACAAUCUACCUCAUCCCAUUUGCUAGUUGUGUUACUACUUUCGUGGUAUUUGUAGCACCCAUGGUAGUCACAGCAAAAGAGUUUUUUCAUUCUAUAAAGGAGACAUAUAUAUGGUCUUAGUUUUGUUAUCUAGCUUUCAGUUUUGAUUAGAUGGGUUGGAAGUGGCCAGAUGCCCUCGCCCCAUCACUUUUCUUGUCUUCUGUUUUCCUGCUGUUGCCUUUGCUGAGGGUUCAUGUAGUAGCUUUUGAACCUUAAUGAACUCAUUGAUGAAUGAAUGCGGCAUUUACAUAACAAAUGA